AAUAAUAAAUAUUUGAAAAUAAAAAUUCUCGAAUUGUGUCACUCAAUUUGUUUAUCUAAAAGCAAAUUGAUAAUCAUGGAAGGCAGUUCGAAAUUUGGUUGUUUUCUGAUAUUUUUUAUUAUUAUUGCUGUUGAGGGUAAUCGAUAUCCAAGAAUAACUGUACCCGAAGGAGAAAUUGAAGGAUAUUACAAAACUGCGCAUAAUGGCAAAACCUUUGCAGCAUUUGAAGGAAUACCAUACGCAAAGCCACCAGUUGGAGAACUUCGAUUUCAGGAACCACAACCUGUGACUGAAUGGCGAGGAAUUUGGAUUGCUAAUCAAACGGUUAAAUGUUUACAACAUUCCCAUUUUGGAUAUGAGACUGUUGGACAAGAAGAUUGCCUGUACUUAAAUAUAUACACUCCAGCAAAAAUAAUUUGGACGGAACCAUUGGAUGUCAUUGUGCAUAUUCAUGGCGGUGCAUUUAUGUUUGGUACUGGCCAUGUUUGGGGCCCAGAAAUAUUACUCGAAAAUCGUGUCAUAUAUAUAACUAUAAAUUAUAGACUAGGACCAUUAGGAUUUUUAAGUACUGAAGAUAGUGUUUGCCCUGGUAAUAACGGGCUUAAAGAUCAAGCAGUGGCACUUAGAUGGAUCAAAGACAAAAUAGCACAUUUUGGUGGAAAUCCAAAUUCGAUAACAUUAACAGGAAUGUCUGCUGGAGGUGCUAGUGUCACUUACCAUUACAUGUCCUCAUGGUCUAAAAAUUUAUUCACCCGUGGAUUUGCACAAAGUGGAUCGGCAUUAAAUCCAUGGGCAUUUUCCGAAAAUAAUCUCGAAAAAGCAAAAAUCCUCGGAAACAGUGUUGGAUGUUAUGAUGACACUACUAAAGAGUUGAUCAACUGUUUGAGAACCAGACCUGCACAAAAUAUUGUGUCAAAUGUCAAAAAAUUUUUAGGAUAUUUAUAUAAUCCAUUUUCACCAUUUGGUCCAACUAUUGAGAAAGGUGGUAACAAUCCAUUUUUAGCUGAAGCACCGUAUAAAUUAAUGAAAGAAGGAAAAAUACAAGAUAUUCCUAUCAUAUUUUCUGUAUCACAAGCUGAAGGUUUAUAUCCAGCUGGUGAAUUUAUUAGCAAUCAACGAUAUUUAUCAGAUAUCAAUAAUAAAUGGUUUUCAUUGGCGCCACAUCUUUUAGACUUUAACUUUACAGUACCAGAACAUAGACGAGAUGAAGUUUCACGAAACAUUAGACGAUAUUACUUAAAGGAUAAAGCAAUUUCAACUGAAAAUUUUGUACCGUUUGUUCAGAUAUUUACAGAUCGUUUAUUUAUUGCAACUAUUGAAGAAACCAUUCGAUUAUUCAUUAAUGCUAUAAAGUCACCUGUAUAUUUCCAAUAUUUUAAUUAUCGUGGUGAAUAUAGUUUUUCCCAAAAAAUUAGUCAUGUUAAUGCUAAUUUGGGUGUGAGUCAUUGUGAUGAUAGUAUGUAUGUUUUACCAUUCACUUACACUCCACCUUUAAAAUCCAAAGAUUCUCAAAAAAUGACGGAAAUUAUGACACAUUUAUGGUUAACAUUUGCCAAAACUAGUGUUCCAAAAAUAGCUGGUGUUGAUUAUAGACCUGUUAAGAUUCAAAAUGGGAAUUUUAAUUAUUUAGAUAUUGAACAUCCAAAUAAGAUAUCAAUGAAGAGUAGUAAAUCGUUAUCGAAUUUCGAAUUUUGGAAUUCGGUACCUUUCAAAGAGAAUAACAACUUAAAUUUAAUAUUACUUUAAAAAUUUUAAACCUGUAAUUUAAAAAUAAAA